GAAAAGAUCGAAUUGGUUUACACUAGCUCGUGAAUAAGUUAUUGGAUACUGGAAAUUGAACGUUCUGCCAAAUCAUGUUGAGACUUUAAGAAUUUACGUUACAUACCCAGCUGGCAAGCUUUACUUCGAUGUCAUCUGCAUCCAAGGAUUGUUUAGGGAACAUGGAAAUCAGGGAGUUUCAGAAGAAGUAUAAGCUUGAUUUUGAUGAGAUAUUCGAUCUUGCACAGACAUUCUUCAAUGAGAAAGCAGAAAAGGCAUUCCACUUAAGUUUUGACGAUCGAAUUCAACUUUCGGCUCUCAUGUGUAUUAAGAAAUACGGGAAGUAUGAUCGGUCAAAAGCACCUGUACCUGGGCUUCUUGAUAUAAUUGGUCAAAGGAGAAAUGCUCGUUGGGAAACGUUAAGCGAUAUGAAGCCAAAAGAAGCUCAGGUGGAGUUCAUAAAUAGGAUUUGUCAUCUUUGUCCGUUGUUCAUAUCAUAUAUGGAAGCGUAUUCACGCAGCAAAGACAGUGUUCCCGAUCAUUUUUCGAAGUAUGUAAGCAUUUUUAACAAUCGUAAUCUCAUUUGCUGUGCUUAA